AUGGCACCCAAUAUGACUCUGUUCUCGGUCAACGCCAUCCUCCUCCUCGCGACCGACGACUCCUCCCGCAUUCUGGCCAAAUACUACAAUCCCCCGCAUAUGCCGCAAGGCGCUCAGGGCAACAACUACCCCGGCGCGAACCCAUACACGAAUGUCAAGGACCAAAAAGCGUUUGAAAAGGGUCUUCUGGAGAAGACUGCGAAGCAGACAAGCGAUGUCAUUCUCUACGACAACCGAGUGGUCGUGUUCAAGAUGGAGUCGGAUGUCAUGCUCUACGUGGUGGGAGGUGCGGACGAGAACGAAAUCAUGCUCUACAACGUAGUUCUGGCACUACGAGACAGCUUGACCAUCCUGCUCAAGAAUUCUGUCGACAAGCGARCACUGAUUGAGAACUACGAUCUUGCAUCGCUCUGUAUAGACGAGAUUGUCGACGACGGCAUCAUUCUCGAGACGGAUCCUGUCGUUAUUGCGAGCCGAGUGAGCCGACCACCGCAGCAAGAUGCACCCAACAUGCAAGGAUUGGAUCUCAGCGAAGAAGGACUGCUCAAGAUCUAUCAAUUUGGAAAGCAGAAGCUGGGCGAACGGUUACGACAAGGACUAUAG